AUGAAUUUUGAAUUUGAGAGGGAGAUUGGGUUUAUAAACAGCCAGCCAUCGCUCGCCGAGUGUUUGACUUCCUUCCCCGCUGUCUUGGAGACAUUUCAAACUUCAUCAAUCAAGGAGUCGACAUUAAUUCCUCCUCCUCCUCCUUUCGAGCAAACCUUCCCCAGCCUCCAGCCCGGCGCCUCCACCCUUCAGAGACCCGGGAGCCAAAAGCAAGCCGAAGAUGGGCCCGCUCCUCCGCCGCCGCUCCCCGCAGCCCCCCCGGCCCCGGAGUUCCCUUGGAUGAAAGAGAAGAAAUCGGCCAAGAAACCCAGCCAAAGCGCCACGUCUCCUUCCCCGGCCGCCUUCAGCAUCCCGGCCUCAGGGGUCGGAUCGCCCGCAGAUGGCCCGGGAGCGGCGGAGGCCGCGGGCGGCGGGGCGCGCAGGCUGCGCACGGCUUACACUAACACACAGCUGCUGGAGCUGGAGAAGGAAUUCCAUUUCAACAAGUACCUGUGCCGGCCGCGCCGCGUCGAGAUUGCGGCCUUGUUGGACCUCACCGAGAGGCAGGUCAAAGUCUGGUUCCAGAACCGGCGCAUGAAGCACAAACGGCAGACGCAGCACCGCGAGUCGUGCGACGGAGAGCACACUGGCCCAGGCGUCCUGGAGGACCCGGGUGACGAGUCCGCGGCCAGCCCUGGCGGUCCCUCGGGCCCGCGGGAGGCUCGGGAAGCCAGCUUCUACGCACCCAAGUCGGCCCCGGGGCCCGCGAGCUUGCCUGAGCCCCGGCCUCUGGCCGCAGGCAUGGAGGGCGCAGGGGCGUGGAGCCCGGGCCGCGAGCUGCGCGCGGCCGUGGCGCAGGAGCCGGAGCCUUUGCAGGAAGACGCCUUCCUUGAGCAGCAGGAUUCACCUUUUCUGCCCGACCUCAACUUCUUCGCGGCCGACUCCUGUUUGCAGCUCUCCGGGGGCCUGUCGCCCAGCCUGCAGGGCUCACUUGACAGCCCAGUUCCUUUUUCCGAGGAGGAGCUGGACUUCUUCACCAGCACGCUCUGUGCGAUCGACCUGCAGUUCCCCUGA